AUGCAGGCGGAGGGUAAUGCCGCCUCACUAGAGAGCUCGCAAGCAACAUUGAUUCCGCCCCGGAAGUCGGACUCACCCAAAAGGAAAGAGUCGUCGCUCCAUCUCGACUGCCGCAAGGGCAACCUUCACCAUCGGAACCGAGGCUCCUCCAAAAAGGGCCACAUAUCCAAAAUCAGAACGGCCGCCCACAGAGGAGACGACACCUCGGACCAGAAACUCGAUGCCCUCCCGACGAACCAUAACCGUCAAGAUACUAGAGUUGUAAAUUUGGAGACAUUGAGGGGUAUAAUGGACAUUAAGAUGCCUGAGGGGUCAUCAAUGUCUUGGGCGGGCCCGGAAGAUAUCUACCUCUCCACUUCGCUUGCAAGCUAUCUUGACAAAAAACUUCUUGUAUUACUCCGAGAUGGCCGGAAACUAAUGGGGAUACUUCGUUCCUUUGAUCAAUUUGCUAAUGCUGUUCUAGAAGGUGCAUGCGAGCGCGUUAUUGUUGGUGACCUAUAUUGUGACAUACCAUUAGGUCUUUACGUAAUCCGUGGGGAAAAUGUCGUCUUGAUUGGAGAGCUGGACUUGGAGAAGGAGGAACUUCCUUCACGCAUGACUCGUGUGGAAGUGACAGAAAUAAAGAGGGCACAGAAAGCAGAAAGGGAGUCUUCGGAACUCAAGGGCACCAUGAAAAGGAGAAUGGAUUUUCUCGACAUGGAUUGA